AUGGCGUCGCAACUGCUGCCUCUUGAGCUUAUCGACAAGUGCGUCGGCUCCAAGAUAUGGGUCGUCAUGAAGGGCGACAAAGAAUUCAGCGGCACUCUGGUCGGGUUCGACGACUAUGUCAACAUGGUUCUAGAAAAUGUAACGGAAUUCGACUACAGUGGGAACCACGCCAAACUUUCCAAGAUCCUUCUGAACGGAAACAACAUUUGCAUGUUGAUACCUGGUGGUGAAGGGCCAGGCGAGGCCGCGGCGUGA